AUGAGAAUCCGAGGCAACUCACUUCCUUGGAUUACUCCAAAUAUCAAAAAUUUGAUGAAAACAAGAGAUUUCCACAAAAAGAAAGCGGUAAAAUUUGAUUAUCAAUUACACUGGGCGAAGUAUAAAGACACUCGCAAUAAAGUUAACUCUGAAUUGUACAAAGCUAAAAACAGGUAUUUUUGCGACAAGUUUGAGGAUUGUGCUCAGACUAAAGAUCCUAAACAAAGUUGGCACCAUAUUGAUCACAUCUUGGGUAAGAAUUUUAAAUCAAACAACAUUCCCCAAUUAAAAAUAGGCGACAUUAUUAUUUCUGAUAAUUUAACGAUAGGGGAGGCCUUUAAUGACUUCUUCAUGAGCAUUGGGCAAAAACUAUCCGCUGAAAUUGACCAUGAUGCUCUGGACCUGUCAGCAAAUCUCGGUGCUAGUCCAGUGACUCUAUUUACUCUGUCUGAAAUAAGCGAAUAG